AUGGUUGUAAAAACCAUCUCUGCUACGGCUGCGCUUACCUGGAAGAAAAAAGCUAUCGUAGAUUCAAUCAAGACAAAAAAAUCAGUAUGGAGGUGUGCUCAUUGCAAGAAUACAAAAAAUGAACCAUCGAUCAACGAAGUCGUAUUGAAAGAGAUCCGCGACAUUAAAAGUAGUGUUAACUCUAUACCAGAAUUGUUGGAAGAUGUCAAAACCAUCAAGUGCGAACUGGAGGAGCUAAAAGACGCUUGUAAUGAAAACAACAAGCGAUUGGACGAGUUUAACGCCAGAAUUGCAACAAUGGAGGAAAACGUAUCAGAAAUCAAUCAUAUCAAGGACAAGCUUACCAUAACGCGCGUUGAUUUUGACCGCAUCCACCAUGAAAUCUUACUUAAGGAGCAGUUGUCUCGUCUGAACAAUAUCGAGAUCAAGGGUGUGCCUAUUAAAACCGGUGAGAACCUAUUUCAGCUUCAUGAAACUCUCUGCAAAGCCAUCGGUUUCGACGUCCCCAAAUCCCAAAUAGAUUAUAUCGCCCGAGUUCCCUCGCAUAACUUGAAAGAUAAAUUGAUAAUUGUUCGAUAUAUAAAUCGAUACAUAAAAGCAGAUUUCAUUGCAACAGCUCGCGCUAAGAAGGAAUUAUAUGCUAAGGACAUAGGAUUCACAGGAAGCAGGAACCGCAUUUUUGUAAACGACCACUUAUCACCACACUUUAAAUCAUUGCUGACAAAGGUGAAGGCCCUCGCUAAAGAGAAAAACUACAGCUAUGUGUGGGUGAAGUUCGGCAAAAGUCAUGUGCGCAAAAACGAUACCAGUCAUACUUUUAUUGUACAAAAAGAAAGUGAUUUAAACAAAAUUGUUUAA